AUGGCCGCCGACCUCGGCUCGUCCUUCAUCCUAAUCCGCUUGAUGUUGAAGCUGACUUUGCAGAACUGGCAUGGGGGCUUGUGGAUUGCCACUAGCCUUAAGCAGGAGUUGGGAUCGAAUAUCCUGCUCAACAGUCUUCCUUACAAGAUGGGGGCGGGCGAAGAAAUCCCACGAUGUGGAGCGCUGCAUUAUUAA